AGAAAGUCAUAGUAAAAAUCGUUUCUUUCUUCCUCUCUGCCUCCUUCCCUCGACUCUGCGCAUUCUGAAGAAGCAGCCGUUCCCCAAACCAACCGGACCCCUCUCUCAUCUCCUACCUCCGCCACAAACCGGAACCCUAAAAUGGCGUACGGUGGUGCAGGUCCUGUUGGCGGCGGUGGUUCCAAUUCAACACCAGCAGCAGCAAUUAAACAAGUGAAAUUGGAAAAAGAAUGCGAGCUGAGAAUUGAAGUCGGUAUCGACGCACCUCUUCGUCUUCGACUCCUCAACGGCACUGCUGAGAUUUUUGGUACCGAGCUUCCCCCCGAAAUCUGGCUCAAUUUUCCUCCCAGACUCAAGUUUGCUGUCUUUACUUGGUAUGGUGCGACAAUUGAAAUGGACGGUGCUACUGAAACUGAUUAUACUGCGGAUGAGACACCAAUGGUUAGUUAUGUAAAUGUGCAUGCUAUAUUAGAAGGAAGAAGAAGUCGCGCUAAACAAUCACCUUCAGACGACUCAGUAUUGUCUCAGGGCCCUAGGGUGAUUGUUGUAGGACCUUCGGAUUCUGGAAAGAGUACCUUGUCAAGGAUGCUUCUUAGUUGGGCAGCUAAACAAGGUUGGAAGCCCACUUUUGUUGACUUGGAUAUUGGCCAAGGAUCUAUUACAGCUCCUGGAUGCAUUGCUGCCACUCCAAUCGAAAUGCCGAUCGAUCCUGUGGAGGGGAUUCCUCUUGAAAUGCCUCUUGUUUACUUUUUUGGACACACAACGCCGAGUAAUAAUGUAGAAUUGUAUAAAGUGCUUGUCAAGGAGCUUGCGGGGAUGCUGGAAAGACAAUUUGCUGGAAAUGCUGAAUCUAGAGCUGCAGGAAUGGUGUUAAAUACGAUGGGAUGGAUAGAGGGAGUAGGCUAUGAUUUGCUAUUGCAUGCAAUCCGUACAUUCAAGGCCAAUGUUGUUUUGGUAUUGGGUCAGGAAAAACUGUGCAGCAUGCUCAGAGAUGUGCUUAAGGGUGAGCCUAAAGUAGAUGUUGUGAAACUUCAAAGGUCAGGUGGAGUUGUAUCUAGGAAUGUGAAGGUCCGACAGAAGGCCAGAAGUUUUAAAAUAAGGGAAUACUUUUAUGGCCUUGCAAAUGAUCUUUCUCCACAUUCUAAUAUUUCAAACUUUAGUGACUUGUUUGUUUAUCGAGUUGGUGGCGGGCCACAAGCCCCACGCUCCGCCUUGCCAAUUGGAGCAGAACCGGCUGCAGAUCCAACAAGAGUCGUAGCUGUGAAUAUAAAUCGUGAUUUGCUCCACACAGUCCUUGCCAUCUCAUUUGCCAAGGAACCUGAUGAGAUCAUUUCAAGCAAUGUUGCUGGUUUUAUCUAUGUAACAGACGUUGACAUUCAGAGAAAGAAGAUAACAUAUCUUGCACCAUCUGCCGGAGAACUUCCAAGCAAGUAUUUAAUUAUGGGAUCCUUGACAUGGCUUGAAACUUGAGCCGAUGAACAUUUGCAAUUUGUGAGAUUCUGUUUUGUUCCUUCCUCAAUGGAGAUGGAUUCCAUUCCAAACGGAAACAAUACCGCCACCGGAACCCCCGUCGGAGCUACCGCCACCGUCAACCCUACGCCCGCUCCCUCCUCCAACAUCCCCCGACUUACGGAGUCUCUCAAGCUCGAGCAUCAGUUCCUUAGAGUCCCUUUUGAGCACUACAAGAAGACCAUCCGAGCCAACCACCGCGUCGUCGAGAAAGAGAUGUCCGCUGUUAUCUCCGGCGUCACCGAUGCUGCCGGUUCUGAUUUGUCCCCUGACGACGCCGUCAACCACCUUAACUCCCUCGUUUCCCGCCUCCAAGGGCUCAAGAGAAAAUUGGAAGAAGGUAGUCGAGUAGAGAAUUUGCAAGCACAGAAGUGUCGUGUGCGUCUUGAACAUUUGGAAUCAGCUGAUGCAGAAAACAUGACAGAAUGGAAUAACACUCGCUUGAAGCGGAUUCUUGUUGAUUACAUGUUGAGGAUGUCAUAUUAUGACACUGCAGAGAAACUUGCUGAAAGCAGCACCUUGCAGGAUCUAGUUGAUAUUGAUGUAUUCCAAGAAGCAAAAAAAGUUAUUGAUGCUUUGCAAAAUAAGGAUGCUGCACCUGCCCUAGCAUGGUGUGCUGAAAACAAAUCAAGGCUGAAGAAGUCUAAGAGCAAAUUGGAGUUCCAGCUGAGACUUCAAGAGUUCAUAGAAUUUGUUAGAGCUGAUAACAAUUUAAGAGCCAUCACAUAUGCUAAGAAGUAUCUUGCGCCAUGGGCAGCCACCCACAUGAAAGAACUGCAGCGAGUCAUUGCAACACUAGCUUUUAAAAGAGAUACCGUAUGUGCCACAUAUAAGGUCUUAUUUGAAGCUAAGCAAUGGGAUUAUCUAGUAGACCAAUUCAAACAGGAGUUCUGCAAGUUAUAUGGCAUGACUUUAGAGCCGUUGCUCAAUAUCUAUCUGCAAGCUGGCCUUUCGGCUCUCAAAACUCCAUAUUGUUACGAGGAUGAUUGCACAAAAGAAGACCCUCUAUCACAGGAGGCUUUCCGCACGCUAGCAUUGCCAUUACCAUAUUCAAAGCAGCAUCACUCAAAACUUGUUUGCUACAUAACAAAGGAGCUAAUGGACACGGAGAACCCACCACAAGUCUUGCCCAAUGGAUAUGUUUAUAGCGCUAAGGCUCUUGAAGAGAUGGCUAGGAAGAAUAAUGGUAGAAUCAUAUGCCCAAGGACAGGUUUAAUUUGCAGUUACACAGAACUGGUCAAGGCAUAUAUUUCAUAAAUCUAAAUACUUAAAUUUGAUUAAUGAUUGAAAAUGUGAAAUCCUGCCAUUGGCUUCAAGCUACUGUGCCUGUCAGAUUGGAAAUGUUUGCAAAGUUACUCUUAUGACCCUCUCAGUAAUCAGUUAAUAUAUUUACCUAUGUUCUGGUGUUUACUUAAAGCUUGUACAUAUGUAAGAUGUUUUUGGUAUCACUUGGAUGACUUAAAAAUGUGCAUACAUUGAUUUUAGUAUUUUCCAUUGUAAUUAA